AUGGUGGUGACCGGCGGGGACCGCGCGCCCUCCCGGCGGCCGGGCUGCGGACUGGCGCGGGUCGGGGCCGCGGCGCUGCUGGCCGGGGCGAGCUGCCUGUGCUACGGCCGCUCGCUGCGGGGCGAGUUCGUGCACGACGACGUGUGGGCGAUCGUGAACAACCCCGACGUGCGGCCCGGCGCCCCGCUCCGCUGGAGCAUCUUCAGCAACGACUUCUGGGGCAAGGGCAUGGCCGAGAACACCAGCCACAAGUCCUACCGGCCGCUCUGCGUCCUCACCUUCAAGCUGAACAUAUUUCUGACUGGCAUGAACCCAUUCUACUUUCAUGCAGUGAAUGUGGUUUUACACUGCCUGGUGACUCUUGUCUUGAUGUACACCUGUGACAAAGCUGUCUUCAGGAAUCGAGGACUUGCUUUUGCUACAGCAUUGCUUUUUGCUGUGCAUCCUAUUCACACGGAGGCGGUGGCUGGAAUUGUUGGCAGAGCUGAUGUGUUAGCAUGCCUGCUGUUUCUCUUGGCCUUUCUCUCCUACAAUAGGAGUGUGGACCAGCAUCAUGUUGGGGAAUGUUUCCCUCCCACGGCUUCUCCCUUCUUCUUGCUGCUCAGUUUGUUUUUGGGGACCUGUGCGAUGCUGGUGAAAGAGACAGGCGUCACGGUGUUUGGAGUGUGCUUGGUUUAUGAUCUCUUUUCCUUAUCCCAUAAGCAAGAGAAAUCGAGCAAUGGGGUCAUCCAUCAGCGCAGCCCACAGCAGCCGGGGAGCCCUCAGCCCCCCUCACUGCCCACACACCCUCACCGAGAGAAUGGAAAACAACAUCGAUUUCCUCACCGAGGAGCUUGGGGUGGCUGCCACUCACCAUCGCCACCAGAACCCAAGAGCAGCGGAUUCCCAGGGUCUCCUCGAGCUAUGUGGUCCAUGAUGAGGUGUCUGACAGCAAGGAGCAAUAGAAAUUUCCUGCUUACCAUGAGGCCAUUCUUAAAAAGGGCCACGUUGGUCAUAAGUUAUGUGACUGUCGUUUUGUACUUCCGUCUGUGGAUAAUGGGAGGAUCUAUGCCCCUCUUUUCAGAGCAGGAUAAUCCAGCUUCAUUUUCGCCUUACAUUCUAACGAGGUUCCUUACCUAUUCCUACCUCUUGGCCUUCAAUGUGUGGCUUCUGCUUGCACCUGUUACUCUGUGCUAUGACUGGCAGGUCGGCAGUAUUCCUCUGGUAGAGACCAUAUGGGACGUACGGAACUUAGCCACCAUCCUUCUGGCAGUUGUGAUGGCUUUACUGAGCCUUCAUUGUUUAGCAGCCUUCAAGAGACUGGAGCACAAGGAAGUGUUAGUGGGCUUGUUGUUCCUGGUUUUCCCGUUCAUUCCAGCCAGCAAUCUCUUCUUCAGGGUGGGUUUUGUGGUGGCCGAGAGAGUCCUUUACAUGCCUAGCAUGGGCUACUGCAUCCUCUUUGUGCACGGACUGAGCAAGCUCUGCACUUGGCUGAAUCGAUGUGGGGCCACCACCCUGACUGUGUCCACCGUGCUGUUGCUGUUGCUUUUCUCUUGGAAAACUGUGAAGCAGAAUGAGAUUUGGCUGUCAAGAGAAUCCCUAUUCAGGUCUGGAGUUCAAACCCUGCCCCACAAUGCCAAGGUUCACUACAACUACGCCAAUUUCCUGAAGGACCAGGGUCGGAACCGGGAAGCGAUCUCUCACUACAGAACUGCCCUCAGGUUGUAUCCUCGCCAUGCAAGUGCCCUGAACAAUCUGGGAACACUGACGAGAGACGCAGCAGAGGCAAAGAUGUACUAUCAGAGGGCUCUCCAGCUAAAUCCUCAGCACAACCGGGCUCUGUUCAAUCUCGGCAAUCUCCUUAAGUCCCAGGAGAAGAAAGAAGAAGCCAUCACAUUACUGAAGGACUCCAUUCAAUAUGGUCCAGAGUUUGCAGAUGCGUAUUCAAGCUUAGCUUCAUUGUUGGCCGAGCAGGAGAGAUUUAAGGAAGCUGAGGAGAUAUACCAGGCUGGAAUAAAGAACUGUCCAGACAGCUCAGACUUACACAACAACUAUGGGGUUUUCUUAGUUGAUACUGGCUCUCCAGAGAAGGCAGUGGCCCAUUACCAACAGGCCAUCGCCCUCAGCCCAAGUCAUCACGUGGCCAUGGUGAAUCUGGGGAGGCUCUACAGGUCACUGGGAGACAAUAGUGCGGCCGAAGAAUGGUACAAAAGGGCCCUGCAGGUGGCACGCAAAGCCGAGAUACUAUCACCGUUGGGAGCAUUGUAUUAUAACACAGGCCGGUAUGAAGAGGCUCUGCAGAUUUACCGGGAAGCUGCAGCACUUCAGCCCUCUCAAAGGGAGCUCCGUCUGGCCCUGGCUCAGGUUUUGGCCGUGAUGGGUCAGACAAAAGAAGCUGAGAAGAUGACCAACCACAUUGUGUCAGAAGAGACUGGAUGCCUUGAAUGCUACCGCCUGUUGUCAGCAAUCUAUAGCAAGCAGGAGCACCACGACAAGGCACUGGAUGUUAUAGACAAGGCUCUCCAGCUAAAACCAAAGGACCCAAAAGUCGUAUCUGAGCUUUUUUUCACAAAAGGAAACCAACUAAGAGAGCAGAAUCUUCUGGAUAAAGCUUUUGAGAGCUAUAAAGCAGCCGUGGAGCUAAAUCCAGAUCAAGCACAGGCCUGGAUGAACAUGGGUGGAAUCCAACACAUCAAGGGAAACUAUGUGUCCGCAAGAGCUUAUUAUGAGAGAGCCUUACAGCUGGUUCCAGACAGCAAACUCCUGCAGGAAAAUCUCGCCAAAUUGGAUCGCCUUGAGAAGCGAUUACAAGAAGUUCGAGAAAAGGAUCAAACGUAGCAGCAUUUGACCCAGUCUCGUCGGAUAGCGCUGGUGCCUCUGGAAGAGGAAGAAGUGAUGGAGGCCUUCACAUCAGCAGUAGCGCAACAGAGAAGCUUUCCCCUCACUCUGAAUUCAGGGAGGCACAUUUUGGGACACCUGCUGGUAACCCUGUGCUGAGAGACUUGCAUUUCCCUGGAAGAAUACAAAAGGAGCAAGAGCGAGAGGCUGAGAGGAAGCAAAACAACUACUACACACUUUGCAGAUUUUUGUUGGCUUUAAUUCCAGAUUUCCCUUCAUCUGCUUCUCUGCUUUCCCAGCCUUAGAAUCUAAUUCUAUCUCUUAAUGUAGACUUUUAUGUCCCAGAAAUAGAGGCUUAAAAUGCUUUGAAGGCAGAGCAGUUCUUCUUCAUGAGAUGAGAUGCUUCAAAGAGGAUAAAAUCUCUGGGAGAAAUCAUUUGGGAAAUUCCACCAAGAGGUAGCUCAUUUAGUUCCCCAGAACUAGAGCUGAGUAUCUGAUAGUUUUGUAGAAUUUUCUGGGAUAUAUGGGGGAAAGGGCUAUUAUCAAGUGAGCUUUGUCUAAUAUCCCCCUGAGGAUAUUGCUAGAGCCCAAGUGAAGAGUAAAUGAAGUUUCACUCUGAUGCAAGCUUUUCCCAUUGCCCAAUAUAUCAAAAAGGAAGCUUCUGGAAUUGUGUAUGGGUAUUUUAUCCUUAGGGGAAAAUCAAGGAUCUUGGUACCCCUAAUUCUUUAUGGAAAUGUUUCAGAUUAUUUUAAUUUUAUUACAAGUAUUAUUAGAGUAGUGGUUCUGCUCUAAGAUUUCAAAAGUGCUUUUAGAAUCAUAAAUGUUUCUCUGACUCCACAUAUAUUGUUAUUUUGGUGGAGAAAAAAAUAGUAUAUUCUACAUGACAAAUAUUAAAGAUAUUAACUAAGAGAAAUGUUCUACUUUGUUAUCUUAACAUUCAGUCAUCCAGAGAUUUAUUAUUUUUUUGAAAACUAUAUUUAACCAUUGAAAAAUCUGUACAGUAUAUCACAGAAUCUUCAUAGACUAAAACAGCUGGAAGGAGCUCUAUUGAUUUGUCUACUGAAGCUUAAUGAGAACUCUGUGCUUUAGAACAUGACUGAUGGAAAUCCAGAAUGCUUGGUUCUGUAUUUGUUAGUUUUGGAGAUUUUGUGAAGAAUGCUCAAAAACUCUAGGGAAAAAAUGUCUAAAUUCAUAAUUUAAAAUAUAUAUAUUUAUAUUUAAAAGAUAGAGGCAGCAAAGUUAAACUUACAAUUUGACAUUUUUUAGUGUUAUUUAUUUCAUAACUUAUAAAAUAUUUAAUAUAUAUACACACGCACAUUUUUUUCUCUGUACAUAGUAGGUUUAAUAGCAGCUUUUAGAAGUGAUCAUACAAAAAUUAUAAAUCUAAAUUACAAAGUAAAGUUGUAACAGCCCCUCAAAAAAUUCAUAUGGGUUAUUCACUUGCUAAAGCUAAAGAAAUUAGGAAUCUGACUUCAGUGUUUGAGUGAUAAUAUAUUUUGGAAUUGAAGAAAUUGGAACACCUGAUUCUAAUUUGGUCAUUAUUAUAAAUUUUACAAAAAAGAAGAAGAAGAAGAAGAAGAGGAACCACUCUGGGGAGCCAGGUGGCCUGCAGAUGUAGUAGCCUGAAAGGCACGCAGAUUUCACAUGCUCAGGCCAGGGCAGGGUAAAAAGCCUGCUUCUUUUCAACACAAAAUCAGGAAGUAAUGCCCCUUGGUGUUACUAUUUUUUUGUUAAGGUAAGUCUAGUUAAAAGAACUUCUUUGGAAAGGGAUGAUGCAAGGAAUGUUUUAAAUGCAAAGGAUUGCAAAUUUGAAUUAGCAUACAUGUAUUUAUGUGCAUCAAUAAUCCAACAGUGUAUCUCUUGCCACUAAGAUCUUCUGUUUCUAAUAGUCUUUCAACCUUAUACAUCAGAAAUUUAUCUAAAAUUCUAUUUAGAAUAUUUUCAUUAUCAAAAAUAAAAAAAAUUAAAAAUUUUUAAGAAAUAUUUUCAUUUUCCUCAAAAUCAUACUUUUAUACCCUAAGGCCAAGAAAUGUACCACAGUGUUCAUUUUAAAUGAUCAGUCCACCCCUAAAUGGAAAAAACAUGAAGUCCUAGCUAAAAACAGUAUCUGAGACUUUAAUCACAACUUUAUAGAAUAAUCUGUGACCAAAAUCCACACUUAGGAAGUUAAUGGAAAAGACUAAGCCCCAAAUUUUGAAAAACAAAAUUAUGCCUUACUUGAAGUGCUGCUAAAGGUAUGAGGGUACAUUAGUGGGAAUGAUUAAAAUGGCGGCUACAGCCUAAAAGUUUCUGAAGGAAGGGGUCAUGUGGCCUUCUGGAUUUUGGUUCUACCUUCUUUUGGGUGCUUUUCUCUCUCCCCAUGACUUCUUGUGUGUGUCCCUCCUUCCUUCCCUCCCCUGUCCCUCUCCCCACACCCAGCAAUCUCUCCCUUCAUUCUGUCCCUCCCCCGCUCUUUCUCACUGUCACUCUGGCUCACUCUGUGUGUGCACACUGGCAUCCUUCUGAACAUUAAAAAUAAGCACUGUUUGUUGGGUCAGAUAUUUUUAUCCUGAUUUAAUAAUGUCACUGAGAUGUAGCCAAUGAAAUAGUUUUCAUAGUUAAAUGGUGCCUAUAAGAAAAUAAAUCACAUGUUAUUUUUCAAAGAUAUUAAGUGUAUUUUAUAACUAUUUUUAUUUGGUUCUUAUAACAUGAACUAAUAUGCGGAAUUCAUUCUUAUCAAUAAAAACAGAGUGCCCUGGCUAGUCAAGGAGAUAUAUCCAGAUUUCCCUAAUAAAAGCAUUUCCCUAAAAAAUAAAAUAAAAUAAAACCAUUUCCCUAAUAAAAGCUUGGCAGGAGAGGUGAUGGCCCCUUUUCUGAGAUGGGACCACAGAGCCAGCCUCAUGGACUUGCAGUUCAUGUGGUCCCUCAGGGUCCUGCCCUCAAAAGCCCUCUGUGCUUGGUUGAAGGCUUUGCUUGAAAUUCUUAAUAGUUUUUGAACGAGGGGUCCUGCGAUUCCAUUUUACACUGGAUCCUUAAAUACAUAGGGUGCCCUCGGGAGAAGGGAAGUUGGCUGAGGACAAGACAGGAGUUGCUUUAGUCUGGCUGAACCCUUGAGCCAAUGAUCAGAAUUUCAUCUGUGACUGUGCUACUCUGAGCAGCACUUUCUUUUCUUUCUCAGCUACAUUUAGAGUUCCUUGACUAUAUCUAUCCCCCGCUGACUGCCCAUCUACCUAACCUGUUUUCCUGUCCUACCUACAACCAGUCCUCCUUGCCUUUAAGAUUCCCAGUGAGUGGCAGUCCUUUGAUGUGGGAGCCUCGAGAAUGGCUCUACAAGUUCAUUUCAACCUUAAGAAUUCUUCAGGAUUUUGUAAGUGACCCAGAUGUUUUCAGGCUGUUAACAGUAUUCAUAAAACACGGUUCAGUGACGUCACCUAGGUAAACUAAACCAAAGAUUCAAAUACCUUGGAGGAAAAGACAUCGUAUCUUAGGGAAUCCUGAGAUCCGUUCUGUUGGGUUUGUUUAUUUUGAAGUUUAUCACAAAACAUAGAGGAUUGCCAGCACUUUAAUUACAACUUCCUAGAAUACCUCACGGCCCCUAGCAGGAGACUGUGACAUGCACUGUAGAUCAUCCCUCAUUUGACACACUGGUUUGUGGUGGGUGUACAAUGUUUUCAACAGGACUAAAUGAGGAAAUCCAAACUUCUCUACAAACCGACCCACAAAAACUGUAACUUGGGGGGAAUAAAAACAAAUGUGGGGCUUCUCACUGUCUCUACUAAACAUUCCAGAGCCACAUUCAGCUAAUAGUUGAGAAGUAUUCCUUCAUACAAGGGCUCUCGGGCCUGGCUGGACUGAGGGGUCACCUGGGGCCCUUUGGGCAUCUUGGAGAGGCCGGCUGCCCAUAUGCAGCUAGGCUGGAGAACCACUGCAGUCUCCCAACUUUAAUGGAACUUUUAUGUUUAAAUCUAGACUAAAACAAGCCAAAGAAGUCUAAAAAAUGAUUUAUGGCACAGCUGAUUGGUUGAGACUUGUUUCAAGAUUGACAAACAGAUGGGUCAGGUGGGGUGGUGUGCACUUGUGGCAAAUGGAGUAUAAUUUGACUGUGCAUUUUCAGAAUUCUUGGUUCUCAGAGGAAGAGGAAUUACCAUUUUUAUACACAGACAAGGCACUCAAUAUAUAAAACUCAUGUAAGGUGUUCAUGGCAUAGACUUUAUGCCUAUACUUCUCUCUUUUCAUUACACACAUGUCAAGUUUUGUUCAUCGUUUCUUAAUUGUACUCAUUAGAGUCAGUUUUUGGGGGAAAAAUGAAACUUUUGAUCUGAUGUGUGAAGGAUGUGCAUCUUAGACAAAUAAAUCUAUAGGAUAUUAGUAACAAUAAUCAAUGCCAAUGUACUUAUGGGUGGUUUGUUUUUAAUUUCUUCACCUACUUUCCAAAUCACCUUUACUUAGAUCAAAUUGCAUGUUGGUAUAUCUCCCAAUAAUAGCAAAACAUAACUUUCUGAUAUCUUUUGGCAUUUUAAAAGAACAGAUACUUGUCAAAUCUUGCAUUUAAGUUGAAUUGACUAAGAUAGAAGCUCACAAUACCAUAUAUAUUAUAUAUGGAAAUAUUAUAAUUUUUUAUGAUUCUUGAAGUUUUGAUGUAAAAGAAAAAUCUGCUGAAUGGUUCUUCAAUAGCAUUGAAAAACAAAAUACAAUCAAAUUCAAAUACUUAUUAUAAUUAAAUUUAAUUAAAUACAAUGCUAAUAAUUAUUAAUACUUAUUAAAUACUUGCAAGAAUAGCAUUCUUCAUUAUUUUUUGUUUUUAGUAGUCAUUAACUUAAAGAGAAGAAAUAACUACACUCAAAGAAGUGGUUACAAUAUCAGCAAAAUAAAAAUGACACAACAGAAUUGAUGACUUUCGUGUCUAUCAAAUGGCUUGUAUGAAAAUAUACUAUUUUCAUCCCCAAUGAUCCUUUUAGUUAAAACCUUUUAGGGCAUGUAGCUCAUAAAAUCAGUAUCCAUUACAAUUUUGGUUAUUAUUAGUUUGUAAGUUUAGACCACCAUUUACCCCAAAAUGGAAAGAUAUGUUGAUGUCCAGAAAUCCAGGACCCCAUCAUCAACGGUGCAAGUGGUGUAUAUUUAUAUCACGUUUGGAGGUUUUCCAAGGUGCAUAACAUCCUUUUGGGGUUGCCUUGCUGGCCCAGAAGAGGGGUGCACCACCAGUCCAAGAAUCAGGAAAUGUGGGUGGUAGGACUGGUCUGCUAAGGAGGAGCCGCCUCACCCUGGGCAGAUUACCAGGUGUCUCAACCUAUCACCCAGGGAGGGAUUAGUUAGUUCUGUGGAGCUGUCAAGUUCCAGAAACCAGACAUAAAGCCCUCUACCUCUGAAGAGAUAACUGAUCAGCGUUGCUCUUUUUUUAGAAAUUCUGAAGAUACUUAACAACCAUAAAAGUGACUGCACUGUCCAAGUGCUUUAAUAUGGCAGAGAUAAUUUCUCUUUUUUUUUGCAAUCUGUACGUAGAAAAAUUCAUCAUUUUGUUAUGUUUCUAGGGAAAAAAUAUUUUUAAAAAUUUUAUCCAAAGGAAUUAAAAUAUCUGUUGUAUUUUAAAGCAAAUGGCUUGCUUUUAUAAUGUGGAAACCAUCUGACUUGCUGUGACUCAUGCUGAUCCCUCUUUUUAUCAGGGAGAAAAUGACUUGCAUCGGGUUCUUUUCAUGUUGUUAUUUCCUACUUUGAUCAGUUGUAUAUAAAUGUACAUUUUUGUUAACUUCUGCUGUGCCAGUUAGAAAUAUAUUUCCCAUAAGCUAUGCCUCCCAUUUAAGUCUGAUUAUGUACACUUUGCCUAGGUCUUUCCAAAAUAAAAUUUAUGUAAAUGUUUAUUUUAUAUAAAAUAUAAUGAAAAUAA